CGGCGGUCUCAGGCGGCUGGGCCAUGGUGGUCGCUCUGCCGGGAGCUGGGCCUCAGGGGGGCUGUUCCCGCUGUGAGCCCUCCCUAUAGCUGUCCCGCGACAUGAGCCUGGCUGUGGGGCAGGCGUCCCCCUGCCUUGGCGCCUCAGGGCCGCCCCUGAGGGGUGUUACGGGGGUCACACUCCAUCCUUGUGAGGGCCCUGAGCUGGGGUGGCGGCAGGAAUCCCUCCCCAGCCCUGGGAUUCCCUUCACGCCGCCAUGCAGCACGGAGGCCCGGUGCUGGGACGGGGACUCCCCGGGGUCCCGUUGGCGUGUCACCUCCUCAGCAUGGCCAUGGCUUUCACAGGAGAUCCAGGCCUGGCCUGUCUCCGCCAUGGCUGACAAGCACUGGGGCUUCUCCUGCACCAGGCCCUGCCGCCAGCCCUCCUGGCACAGAACCCCCCUGGAAGGGGGACACGCUGCCCUGUGCCAACCCCUCCAUGGUGGCUGUCCCAUGCAGGGACACAUCCCCGGGCGUGGGUGGGCUGGGGAGCUGGCAGAGGGCUUGAGGGGCCACCACAGGCUCGGCCCCGCGUCGGGCAAGGCGGCUGCGCCUGCCCCUUUGGCUCGGCCCCACCUUGGGCUGGUUAAACAGGUUUGAAGUCUACACACAGAUUGAGGAAGCAUUUCGCAGGCUCCCAGCACGGCUGCCGCUGCUGCGUGGCCCCCCCCAGGCCCAUGGCCCCCCACCUCUCUCCAAGGUGAAGUGGAAGGGACAGGAACCCAGUCCCCUCUCGACACCCCAAAACACAGGAGAGUUUCUUGCCAGUCCCCAGCUGCGUCCCGAGUGAUACUGAGCCGGCUGCUCUCAUGGCUGCCGCUGACCCCAUCCUGCCUCCUGAGGAGGUGGCUUUGCUGGAGCUAGGGAAGGUUGCCCUGGCCACCCCCCUGGACAAGGUGCCACCGGCCCCAGGUGAACAUCCAGGGGACCCUGAUGCCACCCUGCCAUGGGACCGGAGCCAGCACAGCGCCCCGAGCCAGCCAGAGCCUGCAGAGACAAAGAGGCGCUCAAGUCCCGAAGGGGGCCGCGAAGAUCCAGAAGAGGCUGCUCUCAACUGCCCCCCAGCUGAGGCCGAAGACGAGGAAGCCCCCGGGCUGCCCGUGAUGGCGGCCCAUGUCUUUGUGCCCAUCGACCCGCAGUGCAUUGAGCAGAGACCCAGCAAGCAGAAGAAGCAACCCACCCCGUGGCCUCAGGAGGAGGGCAAGGGGGGGCACGUCCCCCACAGCAACAGACCCGACGGCCUCCGCCAGAAGCAGGUCUUCCUUCCCAUCGGCCCCUCACGCUACAGGGACCCGCUGGGCUUUGAGGGGCGAGUGACCAAGCCACUGGCUGAGGAGCCGGGGUGCCUGUGCGCCAGAGAGUGCGGCACCGGCAACCUAAAGGCCGUGGCCUCCGUGGUGGGGGCCCUGCUCCUCUGCCCCUGCUUCAUCUAUGGGGCCUACGUCUUUCUGCCUUUUGACGCGCCGCUGCUGCCCACCGUCAGCGCCCGCCUGGUCUACACGCUGCGCUGCGCCGCCUUUGCCACCUUCCCCAUCGUUCUGGGGAUGAUUGUCAGCGGCAUCUCCCGCCUCUGCUCCUCUGCAUUGGAGGCCUUCGGGGAGCUGCAGCGGGAGGUGGAGAUCCACCGCACCUACGUCUCCCAGUCCGUCCAUCUCUUCAUCCUCUACUUCUUCAACAUGGCUGUGCUGGCCACCUACCUCCCACAGGAGGUCCUCAAGCUCAUCCCCCUGCUCACGGGGCUUUUUGCCAUCUCCCGGUUGAUUUACUGGCUGUCAUACGCCAUUGGACGCUCCUUCCGCGCCUUCGGCUUCAGCAUGACCUUCCUGCCCCUCCUGGCCAUGCUAGUCUGGAACCUCUACAGCAUGUUCGUCGUGGAGCCCGAAAACCUCCUUGCUGUGGCAGCGCCAAAGCCCGAGGACGGCUCCAAGGCCAACGGAGCCAAACUGCGGUACUGGGGGUGAGGGAGACCCCAGGGAGAUGGGGUGCCGGGACCCCACAGUGCAGAGGGCUUGAGCCUUCCUCGCUGCCCUGCCUUGGCAGCCUUGGAGGUGGAGGGGUGCAGGCGGAUCUGGCUGGGCCCCCGCUCCCUGCCCAGGCCCGGCGGGGUUUUGCUGGGCACCCGGGGUUUUGCUGGGUACCAGAGUUGAUAGAGCCAAGCUGUAAAACCCUCUGCACUGGGAGAUUCCUGCAGGAGGGCGAACAGGGCCCGGAGCAAGACCAGUGAGCCCUGUUCCACGGGGAUGGGGCAGGCUGGGAGUUGCGAACCUCAUGCUGGAGCUGGCUUUGCCCAAUAAAGCCCUUCACCGAGUGGCUCUGUGGCUGGUUUGGGGCGGGGGGGGUUACAUUCCCAUGGAAUCGCUGCUGCCAGGAUUUAUAGCUUCGCCCUCGCAAAGCCAUCAUCCAGCCCCAAAAUGAUGUUUCCAAGAGGGGGGGGGAAAAGAUGCUUCCCCAAACUGUCCAUCUCCCAGCGCUGCAGCAGCACCCCAGCCCUGCGUCCUGCUCCUGGGUCCCUGCGUGGCUGGUCCUGCCCAGCCUGUCCCUCCUCCUCUUCCUCCUGGUGGAGGUUCACAAACCAGUUGGCCGGGUAGGAGGGAGGGAGCCCUGCCCCAGGGAGGGAUGCAGGGAGAAGCCAGGAUGGGUGAGCUGGCAGCAGGCUUGCCGCUGACGAGGGCUGGGGAUGGCUGAUCCCCCCCAAGGACGGGCACCCAGCCUGCACCCCUCAGGGCACCCCUUGGGAGUCCUUUGCAGACCCCUGGGAGUCCAGCCCCGUGGAAUUCUGAUUGUCUCAGUUCUCUCAUUCUCUGCGUAACCCAAACCAGUUAAAAAUCCACCAAAUAAAGGGAAAGCCCCUCCAGCCCUACAUCUGCCAAGUGUUCGGCUCGUCCCGCCUCCCAUCCCUGAAUCACGGGAGCGGCUCACCCACUGCAGCCCAGCUGAGCUGGGGAACGGGAACAGCGUGACUCCUCAAACACGCUUCUUGGCAGGGGCAGGGCCCGCAGCCUGCGCUCACGCUGACCCCACGGUUCAUAAAAAAACCACCCCAGAGCACCACCCGCUGCUGCGGGGCAGGAGUCAAUCUAGGGGCAGGGAG